AUCCGCCUUUAAUGAGGAAGGUUAGGAAUUAGCUGAGGCCAAAUUAUAUAUAUAACAUAUAUAGCUCAAAUCAACGUCAUGGAAGGAGAUAUAAUAUUCAUGAAUAUCGACCCUGGUUACAAUAUUGCUCUUCAUGCUCUUGAAGAACUCGACAAAAAAGGACGGCUUGAAGUACUGAAUCAACAACGCUCGUGGCUGGAGGCAAUACAAAGCAAUGUCGAUGGCGACAACAACAUCUUUACUUUCGGUGGGGAAAAUGCAAGACCUGACGAAGGAGCUUCUGCGUUUGGAGAAACGGCGUCCGCUGUUUUCCGAAUGGUGAUGCUACGUGCUGUCGAAAUUAACGAAGAUUGGUGGCCUGAACUUCGCAAAAAUACGAUGAAAAGAAACAAAAAAGCCUUGCGGUUUCAGGUAUUAACCAGUUCUCCUUUUAAGCUGCUCGACGAGAAGAACGACAACAAAGAUACAGCGCGACGGUGUUGGAGAAAAUACGAUCACGCGUUCCCUCUUUCUCUUAUUGAAAGCGAAAUGUUGGAAAACCAUGGUAAUAAUGUGAAUUUUCACAACAAGAUGUUGAUCUUCAGGAACAACUUCAGUGAAGUGAUUGAGAUUAUCACUGACGCCAACGCUACGAUGGAACCACUGGGCUGGAAUGCUGGCGAAUUUGACAGCUAUGUACAAGUCGAGUGCAUUCGAAAGGAAAUUAAGUUAGGCGAAGAGGACGGUGAGAGUUUCAAGAAAUUGAAGGAGCUGAUUCCUCGCGAUGAACAGAAGAAAAACAAGCAACGAGGCAGGGGAAAAGUUUUGGAUCUGUUAGAGAAUGUUAAGAUGGAUAAUUUGUCUGAUCAGGUGAAAAAAUCAUCUAUGAAGGUCACAAAUAACUAAAGAUUCAUUAAUGAAUUCUUUUAUCAGUCAAUAAUAUAAAAAACACAAAUCUUUUAGACAAUAAUUAAUAUUAAAUAAACACUGCUAAAUCAAUAGGUGAAUACAUGUGACUAAGGCAGUUGCAAACUUCUUAUUAGUUCUAACAAAGCCCUCAAGUACUACGUAACAUCAAUUUAUGGACAAAGAAAUUAAUAUUGUUAUUAAAUAAGUGAUGUUUGUGCCCUACCCCAAAUUACCGCAUGUAAAAAAACGUCAAAAGUUUCGAUAUAUUAAUCCUUUUUAUACAACACCACGUAAAUUCUGAUCUUUUAAUUGGUUGAUUAUGAUUAUUGAAUAAAAAUUACCAUUUUUCUCAGCG